CUGAACUGAACUCGAGUGAACUUUUUGCCCGAAGUGGAAGAAGAACGAAGCUUCGAGUCCGUCGUCUUCUCACUUUCUCUUUUCAGGGUCUCUCCCAGUUUCUCUCCCGCAACACUUGAUUUCGACAACUGCUCUGAUCCGUCGCAAUCCUACUUAGGCUUCAACAGCCACCGAAUCCCAACACAAGACAACGCGACAUUUCCGAAUUGCUACCUACCAUGCGCCGAACUUCUCUUCCUCAGCGCCUUGGGCGCAAUGCGCAUGCUGCCUUGCUCCAUCGUCAAGUCCCCUCGACAGUUCUUCGAGCUUCGUUUUCCACCUCGAUCCGCCUCGCGAGCGGCGCCCCGGAUGUAAUCGUCCCUAGAGUCGCCAAAGUGUCAUUUUGGAAGUCGUUGGUUCCCAAGUUCUUGCGAUUCGGCGAUGACUCCAUCAACCACACAAAGAUGCCGAAAUCGACCGAGUGGAACCCGGCCACCUUCUUUAUCAUCAUCUUUCUAAUGAUCGGUUCCAUGGCUAUCCAGAUGAUCUCGCUCAAAAAAGACUAUGCGGCCUUUUCGCGCCAGGCCGAUGUCAGGAUUAAUACCUUGCGUGAGGUGGUCGAGAGGAUACAGAAGGGUGAAGAGGUGGAUGUUGAGAAUGUGUUGGGCACUGGCGAUCCGGAGAAGGAGGCUGCUUGGGAUGAAGUCCUCAAGGAGAUCGAACGCGAAGAGAUCAUGCACAAGGCAAAGCAACAAAAGGCGGCGAAACUUGCCCAGCAAGCCAAGGCAGAGCCCGUAAAGGAACAACCCCAGACGCAGACCGAGACCCAGACCGAGACAACGCCCAAGAUCUCGCCUGCAGCCCUCAAGGGUGCCUUCUUCUAAGUCGACAAGACCUUUUUAUUCUAUUAUUGAUAGAUGGGCGUCCGCUAGCGGACCCGUCCAGUAAACAACCUGCCCACGGGUACCUCGGCCACCAUGGCCCCAUUGUUAUAACUCUUGAGCUCCUCCACGAGCGCCGGUAACAGCUGUUCAGUAGCCAUCUCCACUCUAACCCCAUGAGGACCGGCCAUCUUAGGGUCUAGAUCUUCAAAGAACAUCUCUUCGCGCCUCACACCACCGAUGCUCACAAUGGCUAUAGGCAUUCCUCGGAGCUUCGCCCGCUGUGCCAGCCGCCAAGCCGAGUAGGUCGCGAGAGAGGUGCCUAAGAUGAGCAUUCGUCCGGCAUUGUCAAUGGCCUUUUCCGCCUCGCUCUUGACCUCGGCGCUUAUACUCUCUCCAAACAUGAUUACUGCCGGUUUCAGAACUCCCGCAGUACUGGACGGUAUCCAUGCACCAUCUUUGUCGAUUUCUACCCAUGUCUUGGUGCCAUCUGCAAGACGUGGCGGCUCCUUCAGACACGACGGACAUGCUGGGUAACGAAACGUGGUGUAAGGUGCCUCGGCCAGGUCCACAUCACCAUCUGGGUUCAUCUUGAUACCCUUCUUGUUCCGUUCUUCAAUGUCCUCCGUCUCCAGGGCUCCUGAUGCCAGCGCCUCGCGAAGGAAAUCGGCCCAGAUCGGGUUGAGCCUGGCCAGUGUGGUUUGAUACUCAUCUCGAGGAAAUUGGUUCCGGCACGAUGUACAAACAACCGAGGCUAGAGUCCCGUGCAAUUCGACGGUUUGUAUAUCGGGAUGGCUCAUUUUGUGGAAGGAAUCGACAUUCUGUGUGAUUACACCCGUAAUGCUUUUGUUGUUUCGGUCACCGCUGUAGCGCUCGGUGAGCAGAUUCCCAAGGUCCCGGAUCGCGUAGUGGCCCGGGUUCGGGCCGGCCCGUCCCAGACCCCUCCAUCCGAUGUAGCUUCGUGCCCAGUAUCGCUGCCGCGUCUCGUGGCUGGCGAGAAACUCGUGGUGGAAAAUCGGCUUGUAGUCCUUAUUGACCCGGUAGGUGCCGUUGACGCCACGGUAGUCGGCUAAGCCGCUGGCCACGGAAAGGCCGGCACCGGUGAGGAUGACAGUUCGAUUGGGUAAACCGGACGGCGGAGGGGCGGUGAGGAAUGACUUGAGAGCAGCCACGGCGCCGGGCAGGGUCGUGGCGGUGGCAGGUAUGAUGGUGGUCGGGGGAGGCAGCUCUCGGUAGGGAAUCCGCAUUCGGAGGGUGCCGGCUGCUGUUGUCGCUAGGGUGGACAUUUUGAUGUGCUGCCGUAUGAUUCGGAUCUGAUGGGUGGCAGUAUUUGUUGUUAAGGAUAACGAGGCGGCACACGCCGCUACCUACAAUGCCAAAUCUCC